AUGAAAGUUGUAUUUAUGGUAGCAGAGAAGCCCUCACUAGCGGCUUCAUUGGCAACUAUCCUAAGCAAUGGCAAAAACACAACACGCAAAGGUUUUAAUGGAGCUUGUUCUGUUCACGAAUGGGUAGGGGUUUUCAUGAAUGCUCCCUCAAAAUUUAAAAUGACUUCUGUUUGUGGUCAUGUUUUAGGAGUAGAUUUUAUAAGUAAAUACAAUAGUUGGGAUAGAGUAGACCCUGUGGAGUUGUUUUCUUGUCCUAUAGAAAAGAAGGAAGCAAUGCCAAAGUUAAAAAUGCCUGCAUUUUUAGCUCAGGAAUCUAAAGGAUCAGACAAUGUUGUUUUAUGGCUUGAUUGUGACAAAGAGGGGGAGAAUAUUUGCUUUGAAGUUAUGGGAGCUAUAUCCAACAGUGUUAUGGGAAAUGUAUUUUCCCCCACUGUUACUUAUAGAGCUAGAUUUUCUGCAAUUACAGAAAAAGACAUUAAAGCUGCUUUCAAUAAUUUAGGUCAUCCAAAUGAAAAUGAAGCCAGAAGUGUUGAUGCAAGACAGGAAUUGGAUUUGAGAAUUGGUUGUGCCUUCACAAGAUUUCAAACAAAAUUUUUCCAAGGGCGUUAUGGCGAUUUAGAUUCCACUUUAAUAUCGUAUGGUCCUUGUCAAACACCAACACUUGGAUUUUGUGUACAGCGCCAUGAUGCAAUUCAAACUUUCAAACCAGAGACAUAUUGGUGUUUGCAGGUCACAACAAUAAGUAAAGAUGGGCAAGAGAUGUAUCUGGAUUGGCAUAGAGUCCGAAGCUUUGACAAAGAAGUUGCUAAUUUAUUCUUGCAAUUGGUGAAGGAUCAAAAAGAGGCAAAAGUAAUAAGUGUAACAUCAAAGGAAAAGGUGAAGCCUCGUCCACAAGCAUUAAAUACUGUUGAAUUAAUGAGGGUAGCUAGUUCUGGAUUGGGUAUGGGACCCCAUCAUGCUAUGCAGAUUGCAGAAAAGUUGUACACUCAAGGGUAUAUAAGUUAUCCUAGAACUGAAACUACAAAAUACCCAGAUAACUUUGAUUUGUAUGGUACUUUACAACAGCAACAGAACAGCAGUGAGUGGGGAGCGGAAGUUCAAGAAAUUCUGAAAAGUGGAAUCAAUAGACCUAAAUCAGGACAUGAUGCAGGUGACCAUCCUCCUAUAACUCCAAUGAAAUCAGCUUCGAGAAAUGAAUUGGACGGAGAUUCUUGGAAACUGUACGAUUAUAUCACUAGACAUUUCAUCGGAACUCUAGCCAAAGAUUGUCGGUAUCUCACAACUACAGCGCUUAUGACAAUAAAUAAUGAAGAAUUUUCCGUAACUGGAAAAGCUCUUACGGAACCUGGGUUUACGACGGUGAUGCCUUGGCAGGCACUUGGUAAAAACGAAAUACUUCCAGAUUUGACGGCAAACGAAUUAGUGCCAAUCACUGAGGCCAAAAUUACAGAACAUCAAACUCAGCCUCCUGAUUACUUAACUGAAGCUGAACUAAUUACGUUGAUGGAAAAGCAUGGUAUUGGUACUGAUGCUUCCAUUCCAGUUCACAUUAAUAACAUAUGUCAAAGAAAUUACGUUACAGUCAUAAGUGGCAGGAAGCUAAAACCGACAUCCCUUGGUAUUGUGCUAGUUCAUGGGUAUCAAAAGAUAGACGGCGAGCUAGUACUUCCCACGAUGAGAUCAGCCGUAGAAGAACAGCUAAAUUUAAUAGCUGUAGGUAAAGCAAAUUUCCACGAUGUUCUUAAACAUACUGUUGAAAUAUUUAAACUCAAAUUUCAAUAUUUUGUCAAAAAUAUCGAUUGUAUGGACCAACUAUUCGAAGUAACAUUCUCACCCUUAAGUGCAUCAGGGAAAGCACAUUCAAGAUGCGGUAAGUGCCGAAGAUAUAUGAAAUACAUUCAAGCAAAACCGGCGAGGUUGCACUGUCCACAAUGUGAUGAAACCUACAGUCUUCCCCAAAAUGGAACUAUCAAAUUAUUUAAAGAAUUGAAGUGUCCACUGGAUGAUUUUGAGUUAUUAUGUUGGACCAUGGGGAACAAAGGAAAGAGCUUCGUAUUUUGCCCUUAUUGUUAUAAUAAUCCUCCGUUUAAAGAUAUGAGGAAAGGCAAUGGCUGCAAUUCUUGUUCACAUCCCACAUGUCCAUACAGUUUAACGUCUAAUGGAGUAUGUAAUUGUGCGGAAUGUGAAUAUGGAGUAUUAGUUUUGGAUCCGUCGUCUGGCCCGAAAUGGAAGUUAGGCUGUAAUAGGUGCGAUACAAUUAUAAACCUCUUUGACGGUGCUCAAAAAGUAGCAGUCCUUGAAGACAAUUGCGACUGUGGCUCACAAUUUGUUCAAGUAGAAUAUAAGCAGGAGAAAAAUAAAUUGGAAGGCUCUAAUGAAGCGAAAGGUUGUGUUUUCUGCAGUCCACAGUUCUCCAGACUAGUUGAUAGGCCAAAAACCGCGGUCAUUUCACGUCAGCGCGUUUUCCGAGGCGGUAAAACAGCAGGAGGAAGAGGUAGAGGAGGUCGAGGGGGUAGAGGCAGAGCUCCUCAAGAUAAGAUGGCACAAUUAGCAGCGUAUUUUGUCUAA